AUGGCUAGAUCCUACCUUGUCAGCGCCCUCUCGGUGCAAGGAAUCCAAUCUUACGAGCUCAUCCUCCGCCUAUCAGAGGCAGAACGAGACGCGGCAUCCUUGACCAGCGGUAACCGCGAGAUCGGGUGGCUUCGAGCCGCCGCGGAGCAGGAACAGGCCAUUAUCGUACGCCUCGGAGAGCUCUACGUGGAGAUGCAGAGCAGAGAGCGGUGGGUGCAGGCCCGGUUUCACCUCCAGCAAAUUUCCGAAUCGGAGCUCGGUGCUUCGCCGCUGCUGACCGCCACGCUCGUUUCAAAACCUACAACUACUUUGAUCCCCGGGUCGGCCUCGACGGCCCUAAGUCCUACGUCGCCGAUAUUUGUGCCUAUGGGUAGCAAGGACGCUUAUCCAUCAGCCCCGCCGGGUAUCCUCUACGCGACGCAACAGCUUGUUGAAUGCUGGCUGGACAAUCAUCUAUCAACACAAGGUGCCAGCUCAGCCCAUGCUGUGACGGGUCUGUAA